UAAGUAGUAUAAUUUAAUUGGUGGUAACUUUUUUUUACUCAUUCACCAGAUGUGGGCAUUGUUGGAUAGACCAAUAUUUAUUAUGCAUUCAUAAUUCCCCAGAGAACAGUUAAGAGUCAACCAUAUUGCUGUGGGUCCAAGUCACAGGUAGGCCAGACCAGCGAAGGACAUUAAUGAAACAGAUGGGUUUUUCCCUCAACAAUCAACAACUUCAUGGUCAUCAGUAGACUCUUAACUCUGGAUUUUUAUUGAACCUGGGUCCCCAGAACAUUACCCAGGUCUCUAUCAAUCUAUCAACAAUACCACUACGCCGCUGUCUUCCCAUAUAAAGUAAAUAUAGGGCAGUGCAGGUCAACUCCAGCUUGUAAAGUAUAUGGAAAAGAACAGGAAAUGAUACUUUCAAUGAAGCUGAAAAAGGAUCUGAAGUACACCUCAACCUUGCAUCACAGACUAGUGGCUAUCUUUAGUUGGGGGGGGGGGGGGGGGAAAGAGAGAACGGAAGUAUAAUGGAUUAAAAACAAAAACAAAGUUGCUGGAAAAGCUCAGCAGGUCUGGCAGCAUCUGUGAAGGAAAGAACAGAGUUAACGUUUCGGGUCCAGUCACCCUUCCUCAGAACUGAUAGUGGCUGGGAAAACGUCAGUUUAUAUGCAGAAAAUAGGGAGGUGGGGUAGGGAGUAAAUGAUAGGAUACAGCCCAAAGAGAGAGAAAGACAGUUGGACAGACAAAGGAGAGAGAGAUAGCAGGAACUGCCAAUGCUGGAGAUGUUUUCUGAAGAAAGGGUCUAGACCCGAAACGUCAGCUUUCCUGCUCGGCCUGCUGUGUUCAUCCAGCUCUACACCUUGUUAUCUUUGGACAGACAAAGGAGUUGCUAACGAUCAAGCUGGGAGGGUGAGGAGUUGUUAAUGGGGACUGUUAGUGACUAACAACAGGGGGAGUGUAAUGGCAGGUUAUGUGGUAACAAAGUAUAAUGGAUUGCCCUUGGAAUCUCUCAUUGAGUCCAAGCUGAUACAUUUAGUGAUGGUAAACUGGAAACAAACCAACUUUCCAGGGAGCCAAUUGGGCAAUAUAGUAGGGCACCAUUGUAUGCCAAUGAGAAUGCACAGUCCACAUCAAAUAAUCAGAGAAGCUGACUUCUCUGUAAUUUGGAGGUUGUAAAGUAUGGUGAUAGAUUUCCAAACGCCAGCCAUUUGCAGUACCUAAAAAUCCAGGAUUAAUCUUUAAUAAAAAUAGGGGGAAGGGAAUGUUUACUUGCCCAGUGGAUAGUAUCAUUCCUUAUACAAUUACAGUUACUGUAAAUUUGUCUGUGGAAUGAAAAAGAUCGAGCACAAGUUCCUACAAGGCUUACUGAAUAAAGGUAUCUUAUGAAUAUGGUAAAUAGCCAUUCAGACCAUUUUGUCAGAUUCAAUCACUGGAUUGUUUCCUAAUCAGGCAUGGGGAGACAAUGGUUUAGUGGCAUUACUGCUCGACUGUUAAUCUAGAGACCCAGACAAUGUUCUGGGGAUCCUGCCACUGUAAAUGUUGGAAUUUGAAUUCAAUAACUAUCUGGAACUAAGGGUCUAAUGAUCGUGAAUCUGUUGCCGAUUGUUGGGAAAAACACAUCUGGUUCACUAAUGCCCUUUAGGGAAGGAAACCGCCAUCCUUAUCUGGUCUGGCCUACAUGUAAUGUGGUUGACUCCUAACUGCCCUCUGGGCAAUUAGGGAUGAGCAAUAAGUGCUGCUUGGCCAGUGACACCCUCAUCCCGUUAAUGAAUAAAAUUUAACAAAAAAAGUACUACAAACAUAAAAACUGAAUCAUUUGAAGUUUUUACGAUUUGAUAAUUCCUGCCGAAAAGUCCAUGUAUAGAGGACAGGAUUUGCAUUGUUAGUAGCUUGAAUGACAAUACCCCCUCCUGAGUCCAAACUCCCACGUGAGAGUGACCUUUGUAUUAAUUACAACUUUCAAACACCUGGUGGAUAAUGGUGAGAGAGGACACUGGAAAUAAAAAUGCAAUACAGAACGAAAGCUGUGAAGUAAUGUGGAACGGAGGUUUAAAAACCAGACCAUGCUAUAGCAGUGCCCUUGUAUUACUAGUCAGUUGUUAUAGUGAGCUGUUGCUGGUCGGCCACCCGCUGAGCCAGCCUUCGCUUGGUCACACCCCCCGCCUCGAAACUCCAGACAUUGUUGUGGUCGGCCAGCUGCUGUGGCGGUUGGACUUUAGUGGCUUUCCCCGAAAGUGGGAGUUGCUUGAGCGCGAACAGCGGGCGGCGAAGAAGAAAUGGACUCGGUGUUUGUGACAGUCGGUACGACCAGCUUCGACGAGCUGAUCCGAGAAGUGUCUUCGGAAAAGGUGACACGGAUUCUACAAGAUUUAGGCUACAGAAAACUCAUUCUUCAGAUCGGCCGUGGUAGUGUUGAACCAAAGACUAUUGUUGGAACAAAUUUUACUCUUGAAGCUUAUAGGUUCAAGGACUCAAUAGCAGAUGACAUUAAAAAUGCUACACUUGUUAUCAGUCAUGCUGGUGCUGGAAGUUGUCUGGAGACCCUUGAAGCAAGAAAGUCACUCAUAGUUGUCAUUAAUGAAGAGUUGAUGAACAACCACCAGUUGGAACUAGCCAAACAGCUGCAUACUGAUGGGCACCUCCUCUACUGUACUUGCAGCACACUUUCUGAAACGUUACAGAAAUUGGACUCCACAUCCCUGAAACCAUUUCCUCCAGGACACCCAGAAAAAUUUUCAGCAUUUUUGGAUAAAGUCCUAGGAUUUCAAGGCUACUCAAAAAAUAACCCUGAUUCUGUCAACCAGAGCUGGGGAGGGGGAAAAAAAAAAUCCUUUUUUCACUUCGACAGCGUUUUGCUUUUUAGCUUAAAUUCUAUCUACCAUUUUUUAAAAAAAAAAGUAUAUUUUUUAAGAGUGGAAAAAAUAUAUGUUGCCUUAUGGCGGGGUGGAGAAAUGCAGAAGGGGGUUAGAAAAUACUUCGGCCAGAAGUCUCUGAAUGAAGUGACUAUGGAUGAGUAUCUAAGCAGCCAGGGGUUGUAUCGAAAACUCACCGCUAAGGACGGCUCCUGUCUCUUCAGGACUGUCUCCGAGCAGCUGUUUUUGACUCAAAUGUAUCACUUGGAGAUCCGAAAAACUUGCAUUAUUUACAUGAGGGUGAACCGAAGUAAAUUCGAGACAUUUAUCGAUGGCCCUUUUGACAAACACUUGGAACGUUUGAGUGAUCCGAAGGAAUGGGCUGGAAUGUUAGAGAUGAAUGCUCUAUCACUGAUGUACAAUUGUGACUUUCUAAUUUACCGGUAUCCUGGAAAAUCGCCCACCCAAGCUACAAAUAAUGGAUUUGAGAAGACGAUCUUGCUUUGCUGUUCCAACAAUGGUCAUUAUGAUAGCGUGUUUACAAAACAGUUUCAAGGGCAUGCAGCCGUUUGUCAAGCGAUUGUAUAUGAAGUGCUGUACAGAGAUGUCUUUGGAGUGGAUGAAGAAGAACUACGAGCUGCAGUGGAAUUGUUCCGCAGUCAUGGCAAGAAAACCAGAAAGAGCAGUAACUCUAAAGGAAAUGGUGAUACUGAAUAUCUUCCUGAAAAAGUUGUGCAGAGGAAUGACACAGGAAAUAGUGAUCAGGAGGGCUCACCAGAGGAGAAAAUGGCAAAACCAAGUGCAGAAGAAAUAAAGAAUGUUGAUGGCCCAUCAAAGAUGCCGUUUCCCUUUAAGGUAUUGAAGGCAUUGGAUUCAGAAAUUUAUCGCAAUGUGGAGUUUGAUGUCUGGCUCGAUAGCAGAAAAGAGCAGCAGAAGGUGGACUAUAUGGUGGUUUCUGGAAGGCAGUAUUGUUUAGGUGACAAAUGUCAGGUGAAACUUGAGCAAGGAGACAAAUACUACAAUGCUCAUAUACAAGAAGCAGGCCAAGAUGGCAACUCGGUGACAGUCUUCAUAGAAGAACUAGCUGAAAAGCACACUGUUCCUUUGGCAAACCUGAAGCCUGUGACCCAAGUGACACCGGUUCCUGCCUGGAAUAUUGUUUCAAACAGAAAAGGUGGAAACUAUCAGAAGAUACCUAGUGGAUAUGUUUCUGAGUUAGACCUUGACCCAAAGUCACGCAGACGAUUUAUGAAGAAGAUUCGUGGAAAGCAGGUUUUUAUGGCAUUUGCUUAUGGAAGGGGUCAGUCUGUGCUUCCUCCACGUCUGCAGCACAGUCUUCCUUCUGGAAGAUCUUCUCUUCCUCCAACUCAAAGUGGCAAUUUUGCUCCUUAUGACCAGUACAGGGUCCCUCCUCCACCUCAAAGGAAUGGAAGAAACAACUAUGCUCCAUCCCGGAAUCAGGCUACUCGAUUUGUGGGUCAACAUGGCUUUGUUGAUCCUGACUACAUCUAUGGCUUUUCUGGCUCAGGAAAGGGAUGCUAUCAACAUUAUGACAAUUUCACCUAUAGAUCUCGCAGAAGUCGCAAACCCGUUCAGUAUGUUAACAAGGAUUGCCAGUUUGGCUAUAUAACAGAGAAUGAGGAGGAACCAAGAGCUACUGAAGAAACUGUCACUUUCUAUGAAAUUGAAGAAGGAAAUGAGGCACCCUUUCCUGUUGUACAUAAUCAGUCUGCUUCCCCUCCAGUUUUACAAGCUCCAGCUGGGUACUGGGUGACUAGAAGGGGAAGCUCUGUUUCUGUUGCCAAGCACGUCAAUUCCUCUGAAGAUGCCGAUGAGCCAAGUGAUGGUGGAGAAUAUCAUGAAGACUUUAUUUAUGCAGCAUCAGUCAAUUCAUUUACAGAUUCAGGAUAUUCCGAUCCAAUGGUGUAUAGUGCAACAGAAUCGACAGCUAAUCUUUCUAUUCAGGAAGGAUGUUCUGCUGCAGAGUCACCCCAGGAGGGCCAGGUUGCUGCACACUUCAGUUAUUCACAACAGAUGGUGAAUUCAUCAGUGGUAUCUACAUCCAGCUGUUCAGCCCCUGUUGCAGGUUUCUCCUCGAACUCGACAGAAACAAGCCAAACGUCGGCAACUUACACAACGGUGCCAUCGCAGACAGUUGUAUCACCUGUUCUUGUACCUGCUCAUCCUGCGGGACGCCCAGGCCCUCCCAUUCCGGUCAGCGAAAUGGGUGAAACUGUUGGUUCUCCUACACCACCGCCACCAUAUUCCUGUGAUCCCAAUGGCAAUGAUCUCCCUCGAGAUAGAAAGGUGGUCCAGUAUUACUUCAACCUUGGCUUGCAGUGUUGCCACCAAAACUAUUGGCACUCAGUCUAUAUGCCACAACAACAGCCAGUGGAGUUUUACCCAGUCUUCCCUGCUGCUUCCCAGUUUAUUGAACAGUCAACCAUGCCACAGCCGUAUGGUGAUAAUGGGAGAAGUGAUGACCAUCAAGGGACCUCUGACACAAUGUCUAAUGGAUCUUAUACUACUGUGGAGCCUCAAACUGUUCCUCAUUCAACAAUAUACUAUCCAGUACUGGCUGACCAGUACAUUCCAGCACCUGCUUAUGAUCCCUGUGUCCCUGCAACAUCCACACUUCAUUAUGUUGGUGCCUGGUACCCAACAAAUCAGAUGUGUAACAGUUCUUCGAGGCUGCAGAGCCCAGCACCUCAAGCUCCAUUAAAUUAUGUUGGACCUGCCAAUCUGCCUACACAUUAUGUAUCGCACUAAGAGUACAAUGAAAAUGUUUGAAUUUAACACUCCUAAUUAGAGGUAGAUUGUUUACCUCCUUGCCCACUGUCCCUCGCCCACCCUAACCACUAUUGAGCAUCAGAUUCUUUAUAUGCUUUAAUUCAGAUUCAAGACAUCUUUCACCUUUUCCACUGCAUUUGCCUGAAAUAUUUGUAUAUGUGGCCUUUUAUUUAAAUAGCUAUUCACAUCUCAAGCCUGAGACUAUCUCACUUUGCAGUAAAGCUCGCAAUUGGGUUUGUAGACCAAAAAUAGGGCAAAUGUUGCUUGUCAGUAGAUGUGCUUUAUGCAAGUCCUUCCCACUGUGCAAUAUCAACAGAAUUUCAACUUCACCUUGAAUGAAAUGUCUGUCUUCUGAAACCAGUUGAAGGGCCACCCUUCAAAGAAAACUUAUUCCAACACUAUAUUGUACUGUGUUUCACUUGUUUUCUGUUUAAGUUGGUUGAUUCCAGCAUAUAAACUGUACCGCUUCUACCUCAUGUUUAAAAUCUUUGAUGUUUUUGAGAUCUUCAGUUUGUGAAAGCUUGUAUAUUUUUGAUACCCAGUUCAGUUUAACAUGUUAACUUUCGUUUGCCAGUUUUGUGCCAGAGAACAUUUGGCAUAGAUUUUUUUGUUUUAGACUGUUGAUUGCUCAGUUCUGGAGUAUAGUUCCAAAAGAAAUGCUGUGUGGUUGUGGGUUCAUCUUUCAUUUCAUGUUAAGUAAUAAAAUAUGAGCACUGCAACCUACUUGCGUCAGUGUAUUUUAGUUUUCACUGGACUGCACACAAAGCAAUAAAUACUGCAGUGAACUAUUUGCAAUCUUGCCUUGACUCUUCAGUCUAAACUUUUGUAACCGUAAAGUCAAAAUUUGGAUUGAUGAACUGAGAUGGGGCUGGGGAUAAAAAUG